AUGGGAGAACGCAGAGGAUUAGUAAAUUUGCCGCGAGCGCUCGGAGAGUUUCUGUUGUGCUUCAGUGGUGAUCACGAGGAGAAAUCUGGAACUGGUGACAUUUUUGAACAACCGUUCCUUCGAGACGAUGCAGCGAAGGUAGUUGAGCUGCUAAUAGAAUUUACCAGAAAGCGCAAAUUACGUGCCAUGGAAACAGAAGGAAACUAA